UAUAAAGAGUAGCAUUAUUUUUUUUUUCCAUUAUUCAUGGGCGUCGUCGCUUCUUUGAAGCCCAUUAAUUCCCAAUUUCCCCACAAUACAAAUGCAUGUGCAUACAACAAGGGUGGAUGCUACUGCUACUAGCCUCAGGAGUUUGAUCAAGCCCACACCGUACAGCAAAAAUCAAAACCCACAAAACCAAACAUUUCCAAACUUGCAUGAUAAUGAGGCCGACUGGAAAGUGGCCUCCACAUGAAAGAAAACUAUAAACAAAGACCAAAUGAAAAGUAGUCAACUUACUUCCCGACAAAGAUUUUCUCUGUGAACCUUUCACUGUUUUGGGAUUCAUUCAUUUUUCUGUUUUUUUUUCCCUUCCUGGAAGCAUCUCUGUUUCAAGAAAAAGAAAAUGUGUUCUUUUGAUGAUAUCUCAGCUGACUUGAUCCUGUUAGAAUCCCAAAGGAAAAGCCUUGUAAACUCCCUGGAAAAACUCAAGGGUGGUUUUUCUUUAGUCUCUUCACUUACCCUUCAAUGUCAAAAGCUCCAGGAACUUUGCAAUUCAAUCCAAAGUGCAAUCCAAGCUCGUUUUGAACAACUCCAAUCCAAAGAAAAUGAGGUAGAGAAUAGAUUCAGAGAACUUGAAUUGAGAGCAAAUGAACUGGGUAAGCGAUUAAAACUUAAUGAUGUGUUGAUAGGAAAAGGUUCAUCUUUACUGGAUUUAAAGUUUGUUGUUAGUACGGAUGGGGAAAGAUUGUUGAUGUUCUUGAAUGAGCAUGAGAAUGAACACGAAAAGCUUGCCGAUGAGGUUUAUAAUGCACUUAAAAUGUCUAAUAAUCCUGGAAAACUGGUUUGUCAGGCUGUUAGAGGGCUGUUUUCUGACAAAGGAAAUGUUGGGGUUGAGAGAAAUGUGGAGAGAAGAAGUUGUUUGGUUUUGUUGGAGGGAUUGAUGAGAGUUAGGCCUGAGAUAAAGAAAAAUGUUAAGAAACAAGCAGCUUUUGUGGCAAAACAAUGGAAGCUAAAGAUUGGGAUGGAGGGUGAGGAUGAUACGGAGAUUUUAUUGUUUUUGAUGCUUGUGGGUGCUUACGGAUUGCUUGAUCACUUUAAAUCCAAGGAAAUUAGAAGUCUUUUUGAGAGGGUUGCACAGCAUAAGCGGGCUUCCUUGUUGGGUCAUAUUCUUGGAUUUUUUGAGAAGGCUGCCCCUGAGGGCUGCAUAAUCCAUUCCCAAGUAAAGAUGGAGCGAUUGGGUGAGGUUUCAACAGUGACAUCUGGGGCAAUAGAUGAUACAUUGAUCAAUUAUUCCUGUCCAUCCUCAGCUGAUUUAAGAUUUAUUGCACGUACACAAGCAGAUAAGUUGUUGAUGUUUUUGAAUGAGCAUGAGAAUGAUGACAUCAUUGGUGAUGAUGUUUACAAUGCACUGAAAAUGUCUGGUAAUCCAGCAAAAUUAGUUUUGGAUGUGGUUAAAGCUGGGGAUUCUGAGAAGGCAAAUGUAGGAGUUGAAAGGGGUCUGGUCAAGAACAGUUGUGUAAUUCUGUUGGAGCAGUUUAUGAGAUUGAGGCCAGAAGUUAAACAAAAAUUGAGGAAAAAAGCUCUCAAGGUAGCGCAACAAUUGAAAGGAAAUAUAAAAACUCAAGGCAAUUAUGAUAAAGAGGUUUUGGUCUUUUUGAUGCUUGUGGGUGCUUAUGGAUUGACUAGUGAAUUCAAUUUCAAGGAAAUUGAGAGUCUUUUUGAGAGCAUUUCUCAGCAUAAACAGGCUCCUAUGCUGAGUUCUAUCCUGGGUUUUGUUGACCAAACUUAGUAAUUCUUUUGUAGUUAUUUCCUACAAAAAACAUUUUCAUUUUCAUUUUCACCUCUUUGAUUUUUA